CAACUUUCUUCUUCUAUAUAACACGAUUGCUCUGACGGCACUUUCAUUGCUUUCUCUUCAUCUCCUUUCUCAUUUUCCUCGUCUUCCUCAAUCACACGUCUCUAGUGUUGAUCGAGUCCCAAAGCCAUGCCUCACACUCUUGGCCUCACUCAACCCAACUCCACCGAGCUUCCUAAGAUCUCGUUCGCUGCGAAGGAGAUCGAUGUAACGGAGUGGAAAGGAGACACACUCGUUGUUGGUGUGACGGAGAAAGACUUGGCGAAAGACGAUCACUCAAAGUUCGAGAAUCCGAUCUUGAACAAGCUCGAUGCUCACUUGAGUGGACUUUUAGCUUUAGUCUCUUCCGAGGAAGAUUUCACCGGAAAACCCGGUCAAUCAACUGUUCUUAGGCUUCCCGGUUUAGGAUCAAAACGGAUCGGUUUGAUCGGUCUUGGAAAAUCCGCUUCUUCUUCACCUGUUGCUUAUCAGAGCCUCGGUGAAGCUGUAGCCACAGUGUCAAAAGCUUCUCAAUCUAGCAGCGUUGCUAUUGUGCUUGCCUCCCCUGAAAUUGAAUCCAAGCUUGCUUCUGCAUCAGCUAUAGCUUCAGGCGUAGUGCUCGGUUUGUUUGAAGAUGGGAGGUAUAAGUCUGAAUCAAAGAAACCAUCUUUGAAAUCUGUUGAUAUCAUUGGAUUUGGAACUGGACCUGAAUUAGAAAAGAAGCUCAAGUAUGCUGAAGAUGUUUCUUACGGCGUUAUUUUUGGGAGAGAACUCACUAAUUCUCCUGCCAAUGUGCUUACUCCUGCUGUACUAGCUGAGGAAGCAGCAAAAGUGGCUUCUACCUACAGUGAUGUCUUCACUGCAAACAUCUUGAACGAGGAGCAAUGCAAAGAGUUGAAGAUGGGCUCUUAUCUAGCUGUUGCUGCUGCAUCGGCUAAUCCUCCUUACUUCAUCCACCUUGUCUAUAAACCCCCGAGUGGCUCUGUUAAGACCAAACUUGCUCUUGUUGGAAAAGGAUUGACCUUUGACAGUGGUGGCUACAACAUCAAGACUGGACCUGGCUGCUCGAUCGAGCUCAUGAAAUUCGAUAUGGGCGGUUCAGCUGCUGUUCUUGGCGCUGCGAAAGCUAUUGGUGAGAUUAAGCCUCCUGGUGUUGAGGUAAGCUUUCUCCCAUCAGAUACUUUUGUGAAGCUAGAGUUUCUUAAGGUAACUAACCAAUUGAUCUUUCCCAUUCAGGUUCAUUUCAUCGUUGCAGCCUGUGAGAAUAUGAUUAGUGGAACCGGAAUGAGACCUGGAGAUGUCAUCACAGCCUCAAACGGAAAGACCAUUGAGGUCAACAACACAGAUGCUGAAGGUCGUCUAACACUUGCUGAUGCUCUAGUGUAUGCUUGUAACCAGGGCGUCGACAAGAUUGUUGACCUCGCUACGUUGACCGGGGCCUGCGUUAUUGCUCUUGGAACAUCGAUGGCUGGGAUCUACACACCUAACGACGAGCUUGCAAAGGAAGUGAUUGCUGCGUCAGAGAAGAGUGGAGAGAAGCUAUGGAGGAUGCCAUUAGAAGAGAGUUAUUGGGAGAUGAUGAAGUCUGGAGUGGCUGAUAUGGUCAACACAGGCGGGCGUGCAGGAGGCUCCAUCACCGCAGCUCUCUUCUUGAAACAGUUUGUGAGCGAGAAGGUGCAAUGGAUGCAUAUAGACAUGGCUGGACCGGUUUGGAACGAGAAGAAGAAGUCUGGGACUGGGUUUGGUGUUGCUACGCUUGUCGAAUGGGUGCAGACGAAUUCUUCUUCGUAGAUGAAACCUGAAGAAAGAGACAGAGAGAGAGACCCUAAAGCUUUUUCGGUUGUGAAGUGUUUUCUGGUUUUCAAUAACGUCUCUGGUGUUUUUGAUGAUCUUACUUGUUCUGAACAGUAAAAUUAUCAUUUGUUGAAUAAAAGGGUCCUUUCCGUUUUGUCGUGCAAA